UUAAUAGACAUUUUAAACAGAAGCAGCCCGGCUCAGAUUAUUCUCCUUGGAGAACAAUAUUAAUCUUGCCGCGUGCAGGGCAGGGGAUUGGACGCGCGCCUGUGUGUGUAGCAUCUGCGCGCAACCGCUCCAGCCGGGACUGCCAGUCUCUUUGGGAAACAGAUUUGUUGCAGGGCGUGCGAAAGUUGGGCACUAGAAAGGAACCGCUAGCUGAAAGUGUGUGUACAAAAUUGCAAAGGAUGCAUUGCAUAAUACUGAGCAUAAACCUCGUGGUUGUACUUGUUUCUCGGCAUUGCUUGGCACGACCCUGUAGGGAUCAGCUAGUGGCUCCACUGUAUGCAUCCUCUUUCGAGGCAUCGUCCAGAUACAACUUCUUAUAUUCGGCUAAUCUUGCAAGAUUGCAUGGUGGGAGUGGGUGGUCACCUGCACCAAGAGAUCGCCAGCCAUGGCUACAGAUCAACCUGUUCCACAAAUACAGGAUCACUGCGAUAGCUACCCAGGGGACAUUCAACAGCUAUGACUGGGUGACUAAAUACACACUGCUGUAUGGAGACCGACCCGAUGCCUGGACACCAUUCGUUCAAAGGGGAGGCAAUUUGACUUUUUCAGGAAACUGGAAUUAUUAUCAGGUCAAGAAACACAACCUGCAUUAUGCGAUCACAGCCAAGCACUUGCGCAUACUUCCUGUGGGCUGGAACCCGAUGGGAAAGAUCGGGCUUCGACUGGAAGUGUACGGCUGCUUCUAUGACUCCUAUGUCAUGGCCUUCGAUGGGGACGACAUGGUCGCCUACAGGUUUGGAGGAAACACUAUGAAAACGCUGAAGGACGUCAUCGCUCUGAACUUCAAAACCCUGGAACGAGAAGGGGUGCUCCUGCAUGGAGAGGGACCCCAAGGAGACUACCUUACUCUGGAGCUUGUGGACUCAAAGCUGCUCAUGCAUAUCAGUCUAGGAAGUAGCAAUGUUCAUGAUAUGACUGGACACACUUCGGUCACUCUGGGCAAUCUUCUGGAUGACCAGCACUGGCAUUAUGUCACGAUCCAUCGCUAUGGCAACUAUGUUAAUUUAACCCUUGAUGGUGAAACAGCAAGUAUCCGCUGUAGUGGAGAUUUCCUGUACCUCAACCUGGAGAAAGAACUGUACAUCGGAGGAGUGAUAGAGGUUAAUAAACCGCAUUUGCCCGACAAGCACAACUUCCGAGGCUGCAUGGAGAACGUCUUUUACAACGGGGUCAACAUCAUUGACCUGGCUAAGAAUAAGAAUCCCCAGAUACGAUUCCCUCACCGGAAGAAAAAGAUCUACUAUGCCUGCCAGGAUCUGCUCCUGAAGCCAAUGACCUUCGCAGGGAUCAAUAAUUACCUGCAGGUCCCAGGGCCCUUCAGACGGAACAGGAUGUCUGUGAAGUUUAAGUUCAGGUCCUGGGAUGCAACUGGCCUGCUAAUGUAUACUAACUUUGCAGACAACUUGGGCUCCCUGAAAAUGGCACUGAGCGAAGGGCAGGUGAACAUUUCCAUCGCACAGCCUGGGAAGAAGCCUCUGGAGUUUGCUGCAGGAUACUGUCUGAACAAUGGCUUCUGGCACUCUGUGGACCUGGUGGCAAGGGAUAAUUUUGCUACAGUGAUCAUUGACGAAGAGGAGGGCUCUCCACUUAGGAUCAACAACAUCUUCACUCUGCGGACCGGAGACAGAUACUUCUUCGGAGGUUGCCCUAAACCAGCUAAUGGCACGGGCUGUGUCUCUGACCUCAUUGCCUUCCAUGGCUGCAUGCAGCAGAUCUAUAUUGACAGCGAGCCCGUCGAUAUAGACAUCAUUAUGCAACGUCGGCUGGGUCGGUACUCCCAGCUUCUCUUAGGCACCUGUGGAAUAACAGACAGGUGCACCCCGAACCUGUGCGAGCACGAGGGGAAGUGUAUCCAAUCCUGGGACGAUUUUAUAUGUAACUGUGACAACACUGGAUACAAAGGAGAAGUGUGCCAUAAAUCUGUCUAUAAAGAAUCAUGUGAAGCAUACCGACUCACUGGCAAAUACUACUCAGGGAACUACACCAUCGACCCAGACGGCAGUGGCCCACUUAAACCCUUUGUAGCCUAUUGUAACAUACAAGAGUAUAAGGCUUGGUCGGUCGUGAGGCAUAACCGUGAGUAUGGGACCAAGGUGACGGGCACCAGCAUGGAGAGACCCUUCAUUGGGGACGUUCAGUAUUACAAUGCCUCCUGGGGUGAGGUGUCUGCACUGGCUAACGGAUCAGAGUACUGUGAACAGAGGAUACAGUACGACUGCUACAAAUCCAGGCUCCUGAACACCCCCGAUGGUCAUCCCUUUGGUUUCUGGAUAGGUCGGAAUCAGGAGAGGCAUUUUUACUGGGGAGGGUCAUUCCCGGGAAUACAGAAAUGUGGCUGUGGGAUAGCCAAGUCCUGCUCUGAUGCUAGGUUCUACUGUAACUGUGACGCCGACUACAGGCAAUGGAGUUAUGAUAAAGGACUGCUGAACAAUGUAGACCACCUGCCAGUGACGCAAGUGGUGGUGGGAGAUACGAAUCGUACUGCUUCAGAGGCCCGGUUCACAGUCGGACCCCUGCGUUGCUAUGGAGACCGAAACACCUGGAACACCGUUUCCUUUACAAAAACCACACACAUGGAGUUCCCUACCUUCAGACCUGGUACCAGCGCUGACAUCUCGUUUCAUUUCAAAACCACGGCAGACCAUGGCGUCUUCGUGGAGAACCCCGGGCCCCCCUACUUCAUCAGGGUGGAGCUCAACUCCACCACGGAACUUCUCUUCAUUUUCAACGUCGGAGACGGAAUCAUAAACGCCACUCUGAAAUCCCCCACCCCGCUGAACGAUGACCAGUGGCACUUCGUCAAGGCAGAGAUCAACGUGAAGAUGGCCCGGAUAAAGGUGGACGAGCUGCCCUGGGUGGUGAGGCGGUUCCCUUCGCAGAGCUAUGUCAACUUGGUGUUCACCAAACCUCUGCUCGUGGGAGCAGCGGAGUACAAGAUGAGGGGGUUUCUGGGCUGCCUCCGGGGGCUACGGAUGAACGGGGUGACCCUUAACCUGGAAGGGAAAGUGAACGAGAGCGAAGGGAUAAAGUACAACUGCUCGGGUCACUGUUGGAACACUUCCCAAGUGCUGUGUCGCAACGGAGGGAGAUGUGUGGAGAAAUACAGCACCUACCUCUGUGACUGCAACGAGACAGCCUUCGACGGGCUGUACUGUCAUAAAGAUAUUGGCGGUUACUUUGAACCUGGGACUUGGCUACGCUACAACAUUCGCUCAGCAGCGAUAACGGCGGCGGCGCAAUUUGCCAACAUCGUGGACCCCCUGAGCUUCACGCUGGGGUACAACCAGACCAGCGAGGAGAUCGUGUUCAGCUUCAGCACCACAGAGACUCCCGCUGUGCUCUUGUACAUCAGCUCCUUCACCAAUGACUAUAUCGCCGUGGUCCUCAAACAUGACGGUAGUUUGGAUCUGAGGUACCGGCUGGGUUUAUUUACCAAUAAAUACACCCUGAGCAAUCGUUACAUGGCUGACGGGGAACCGCACAUUGUUAACGUCACCAGGAAGGAAAGAGAAAUCAGAAUUGAGGUGGACUACACGCAGCCUAUCUUCCAAAGUAUACCGUUGAUAUUCGACAAGAAAUUUGAUUCUCCAAAAUCCCUGUUUCUCGGAAGAGUGUUGGAGACUGGUAUAAUUGAUCCAGAGAUCCAGAAGUACAACACCCCCGGCUUCACGGGAUGCCUGUCGGGGGUCAAGUUCAAUAACAUAGUCCCACUGAAGGCAUACUUCAGACCCAACGAGACUGAUCUCCCCAUCACCGUCAUGGGGGAGCUUGUGGAGUCUAACUGUGGGGCCGGGCCGGUGGUCCUUCCUCCAAUCCCCCUGGAGAUAGACCCCUGGUACACAGGACCAGUGUUCCACUAUAUACACGAUGACACUCCCAGUGGACCGGUGUUAGCAGUGAUCAUCCUACUGGUUCUGCUCAUAGUGCUUGGCACCUUAGCUGCCCUGUACAUGUAUUUGUUCCACUACAAGGGGUCGUACCACACCAACGAACCCAAGGCAGUGGAGUCUCCAAGCAGCAUGAAGCCACUGACAGAAGAGGCUCCCAAGAAAGAGCAAAACCUGCAGAAGAUACAGGAGGAAGACAAGGACGAAUAGGGGAGGAAAUGGGUGCUGCUCCAAGAUAACUUCUUUUUUAUAUAUCUGUUGCGAUCAAAUCAAACGAUCCAAUGCAGGAUCUCUGGUCAGUUACACUAAUACAGAGAAGGAAGGGUUGGUAAUAGUUCAAGUUUAGCAGAUGUGUUUUUAGCACUUCCAAAUUACAGGCUUGAGAGCGAACAGAAGUGCCUGAAAUCUUUGGGUUUUUUUGUUUUUAAACAAAACAAAACAAAAAAACAUACCUUGGAUACCUGAUAUCAGUGACCUGCAAAAAUAUAAUUAAAAAAAGCAUCAAAAACGAUGAUGAUUCUACUCUCCAUUAAUCUGAAUGUCAAGUAUUCCAUAUUAAUAAUAAUAGAAGCAGUUACAUGGAAAAUGGAACCU